AUGAUAUAUAUAUAUAUAAUAACCGACAUUAACCUAUUUCUUUGUGUGAAUAUUAUUCCAUAUGGAAGAAAACCAUUAUAUAAUAUAUGAGUAUUGAUAUAUUAUAUGUUAUUUAAUGUUGUUUUGUGAUAUUUUGUAGAAUUUUUUAAUCUUUUUAUUAAUUUAGAAUUUUAGUAUAGAUUUGAUAUAGAAAAAUCAAAAUGAUAAAAUUGAAAACAUUGCCACUACUUGAUAAAACAAGCACAAUCAUUGUAGAAGAAGAUAUUAAUGUAUCUUAUGGAAAAGUUCUUAUCGCAGGAUGGUUACAAAUGUGGAAAGAAAUAGAACCUAAUGGUAUUAUAGAAUUAAUGUCUUUUGUAAAUCCGAAGUCUUGGUAUUUAAAUGGACCAAAACCAUAUACAUUAGACAAUGUAAACAUAUCUGAUUAUUAUACUGUUGAACCAAAUAAACCUCAAAAAAAUUUUGUUAAUAUUUUACAAGAUAUACUUGACAGAGUAACAGAGAAAUCUAUAGUGUUUCUUGAUAAUUUGAAUUCUUUGAUAUUAUAUGUAGGCCUUGCAAAUUCAUUACGAUUUGUAGAAACACUUAAAAAAAAGGUAGAGCGAUUGAUUUGUCUUUUUAGACAAGAUUGUAUCCCAAAUAAGAUAUUAUCUAUUGAAACUAUGGGAAAUACAUAUGUUAGAUUACAUAAAUACUGUGGUAUGCAUUCAAAUAAUGAAUUUACUUAUAUUGCAAAUUACAUACAUCGCAAACCAGGAGGCAAAAUAUUGCUUGGGUCAGAAUUAGUGAGACAAGAUAUCAAAACAUAUGAUAUACAAACUGAAAAUUUAAAAACACAACUUAACUCUGGAAAAAAUUCAACAACUACAAAUGAUGCUACAAAAAUUGUAUCUUCUUUUAGAAUAGAAAUAAAUGAACAUGAAAUGAAACAAAGAGAAAACACGCCAUUACCUUAUAUGUCUGUAAUAAAUGCAGAAAAUAACAAGUCUAAAAUUUUAUAUAUACCAGAUGAAGUAGAUGACUUGGAUGAGGAAGACCCAGACGAUGAUUUAUACAUAUAAUUUGAUGUUUAUUAUGUUUGUGUAUAUAUAUUCAUCUAUCCAAACAUUUGUUAACCAUCGUAUAUUUAUUACAUUUUUCUGUACAUUCAUUUAUUAGAUAUAAGCAUUAACCUAUAAUAUAAUAAAUAUGCUAAGCUCAAUUAAUUAAAAAGAUUGUAUACACUAGAAACUAAUUUUUUAACAGGAUUAAAUUAUAUAUUAAUUACAUAUACUAAGUCAAUUUUUCUUUGGAAUUAACCUUA